CAGCGGACGAAGGGAGCGGUGCGGGGCGCCGGGACUGCGGAGCGAGAGUUUGAGUGCUUUUUUUUCUUUUUUUUCCUUUUUUUUUUUUUUUUUUUUUUUGGCUGAUUUUGCUGCCUUUGUGCCUUUUUCCUUUUCUUGAAAUCGUAUUCUGCUCAGUUUUUGUAUUUUUAUUUGUGUUUUGGUUUUUUUCCUCGCCUUCUGGGAGCCUGCGGAGGGCUGCACGGCACCGCUGCUCUUCUCGGGGCGGCUCAGCCCCGCGCCCCCUUUUCGCCUCCCCCGUCCUCUUCCCCAUCCCGCCCCGCUCGCGGCCACCAAAUGCUCAACAUGACCGAGGAGCACGACAAGGCGCUGGAGGCUCCGUGCAGCCCCGCGGGCACCACCAGCUCCAUGUCCCACGUGGACUCGGACUCCGACUCCCCGCUGUCCCCCGCCGGCUCCGAGGGCCUGGGCUGCGCGCCCGCGCCCGCACCGCGACCCCCCGGUGCCGCCCCGCUGGGCGCUAAGGUGGAUGCGGCCGAGGUGGACGAGCGCUUCCCCGCCUGCAUCCGCGACGCCGUCUCGCAGGUGCUGAAGGGCUACGACUGGAGCUUGGUGCCUAUGCCCGUGCGCGGCAACGGGUCGCUCAAGGCGAAGCCGCACGUCAAGCGGCCUAUGAACGCCUUCAUGGUGUGGGCGCAGGCCGCCCGCAGGAAGCUGGCCGACCAAUACCCGCACCUGCACAACGCCGAGCUCAGUAAGACGCUGGGCAAGCUCUGGCGUUUGUUAAGUGAAAAUGAGAAACGUCCCUUUGUGGAAGAAGCUGAGCGGCUCAGGGUCCAGCACAAAAAGGAUCACCCGGAUUAUAAAUACCAGCCCCGGAGGAGGAAAAGCGUGAAAGCUGGGCAGAGCGACUCUGACUCCGGGGCUGAGCUCAGCCACCACGCCGGCACCCAGAUCUACAAGGCUGACAGCGGGCUGGGGGGCAUGGCUGAUGGCCACCACCAUGGCGAGCACACAGGCCAGCCCCAUGGGCCACCCACGCCACCCACAACCCCUAAAACCGACCUGCACCACAGCAGCAAGCAAGAGCUGAAGCAUGAGGGCCGCCGCCUCGUGGAAAGCGGCCGCCAGAACAUUGACUUCAGCAACGUGGACAUCUCAGAGCUGAGCAGCGAGGUCAUCAACAACAUGGAGACCUUCGAUGUGCACGAGUUUGACCAGUACCUGCCGCUCAAUGGCCAUACCGCCAUGCCGGCUGACCACGGCCCCAGUGCUGGCUCCUACAGCACGUCUUACUCCCACUCGGCAGCAGGCGCCGGCGGGGCUGGCCAGGUGUGGACUCACAAGAGCCCGGCCUCAGCAUCGCCAUCGUCGGCUGAUUCGGGCCAGCAAAGGCCGCACAUCAAAACGGAGCAGCUGAGCCCCAGUCACUACAGCGACCAGUCCCACGGCUCCCCUGCACAUUCCGACUACGGUUCCUACAGCACCCAGGCCUGUGCCACCACCGCUUCCACCGCCACAGCUGCCGCCUCCUUCUCCAGCUCCCAGUGCGACUACACGGACCUGCAGAGCUCCAACUACUACAACCCCUAUCCCGGUUACCCCUCCAGCAUCUAUCAGUACCCCUACUUCCACUCCUCACGGCGUCCCUACGCGACGCCCAUCCUCAACGGCUUGUCCAUCCCGCCGGCCCACAGCCCCACCGCUAACUGGGACCAGCCGGUCUACACAACCCUGACAAGGCCUUAAAAAGGAUGCGUGGAGCCCCCCCAGGGCUUCCCCGACGUAUGCACUAAUGAAGGAACGAAGAGGAAGAACGUGGAGUGCCGCGAUUGUUUCCCAAGUGCCUCCUGAGCCGCUGGGAACUCUGCUCGUUGCGACUGGGUGUCCCCUUGCUUUGAAACUCUCCAAAAGGACAGAGCUCUAUUUUUCUUUAAUUAAUAAAAUUAAAAAUGAAAAAAAAAAAAAAAAAAA